UUUCAGUCACGAAAAUAAAGACAAUUGUUUUUACUUUUGUUUCUUAAUUAUGAUUGAUUUUAAUUCACUACUUUUAUGAUUAUUCGAUUGCUGAUUGAGUUUUGAGAAUUUGAAAUUUUCUUUUUGUUAACUGGUUCAGUUUAAUUGGAGUGAAAAUGUUCGAUAGUUUAUCAGAAUUACCUCUUAAUAAGCCGAGUGUUGGUGUUGAGGCUCUUCAACAGGCAAGAAUUAAAGUGAAAAAUUUAUGCGAAGAGACAAAUGCCCUUCUUAAGAAAAAUGUUUACAAAAAUUAUCAAUUGUUCAUUGAAACCUCGAAAGAAAUAUCAUUCCUUAAAAGUGAAAUGUCUUCAUUGUCACAGUUAAUCAGUGAGGAGCAAAAUUUAAUAUGUUCACUUCAAGAGAUGUCAAUUUGUGGUGAUCGAACUGUUGGAAGUUUGGAUGAUCGGAGACUUUCAAUUACCGGUGGUAAACCAGGUACACCAGGACGAAUGGGAAGUUCCACUACGAGUGAUAAUUCGGUGACAUUUGGUGAGAAAAUGGAACAGGGUAUGUCACCGAUUGGCGUUCCUUUUGGUGAAUCUGAGCUACUUGAGGAGGAGUGUCAAGCUGAUUCUGAAAUGGCACCUACAUGGUUAAUUGAAUUAUCGGAAGAUCUUGAUGUUUGCAUCGCUCAGAGAAAUUUUGAAGAUGCAGUAAAUCUAGUACACAAAUUCAAUGACCAUUUUGCCCUUUACCCAAAAUUUUGCGAAGAUCCAUCACAAGCUGAUCUUAAGAAUAAGAUUAACGGACAAAUUGAAGAUCUAAUCAAAGCAGUUGCCAAAGAGCUUGAAAUUGUACCCGAUAGACCAAUGCAAAGUGGACCUCGAGCUGCUAGACGAGCAGUUAAUCUAUUAAUUCGUUUAGGUCGAUCAUCAAUGGCCGCAGAACUUUUCCUCGCUCAAAGAAGUGCUAUUCUAAGAUACUGUUUAAUGCAGCAAAAGAAAGAAGGUGCAACUUUACCUUAUAUCGAACGGAUGAGCACCGUUUUCUUCACGAAUAUUCAAGAAAGUUGCCGAGAAUUUCGUAGAGCUUUUGGCCUUUCCAGUACCACAUCAGCGAUUGGAACAUUAUCAUCCGCGGAUAGUAUUUCAUUACACAAUAUGAACGAUAAAAUGACAGGUUUCUCUCUCUCCCUGGCAAUGGCUUGUCUUGUUUCUUGGGUUAAAAAGAAACUUCAACAUUAUUUGGACUCUUUUUGUGGCCACGUUUUCACCACUCAAGUACCACCAUCAAUUGCCUCCGAAUGUAUCGCCAUAGUUAAUCAUCAGUGUAAAAAAUUACGAUCCAAUGUACACUUAGACCUUGUAUUUUACUGUGAUCAACGCCUACGUCCGGGAAUAGAGAAGAUAAUCAAUGAAUCUCGAGAUAAACUAUUGGAAGCAAUUAAACACCGAUGUACCAACGAUAAAUGGUUACCACAAAAUUUUGGCAAUAAACCAGCGAUGUCCAAAUUUUUGGAGGAAAUGAAAGAGUGUAGCCUUAAUUUAAACAGUUACGUUUACGAUGAAUGUCGACUUUCACUUACCAGUAAUACAACAUCAUUUGCUAAAUCAUAUCUUCACUUUCUUCGUGAUCUGGUUAAAUUAUCAACUCUAUUCACCCAUAAAUUAAUGGUCAGCGCUCUGGUCACUCCGUUUAAAGCUCACAUGAGGCAUAUUGAUAAAUGUUUACGUGAUGAUGCCUUUCGUAAUCAAAGAAAGUUAAUUGUGGUCAAUGCUAAUUUUGUUCUGGACACUUUACUUCCGAUGGUCAUUCAAUAUUGCAAUACUAAAUUUAAUUCAGUUCCAGAUGAGAUUCUAUCCCUUUCAGUUAGGGAUUAUUGCUAAAAGAAAAAAGCAAAAAUGGAAAGAAAUUAAUUUUUAUCAUAAUUUAAUUUAAUAUAUAUCAUUAUAUAUACAUAAAAAAUAUAAUUCAAAUACAAACAGAGUCAACAUAUUUAGAGGAUUAAAUUAAUUUUACAAGAAAAUGAUCAAGGAAGAACAAAAAAGAUUCAUUAAUUAAAUUAAUGAAAGGACUAUAUUAAUUUAGACGAUGAAGAUGACGAUGAUGAUUAACCCUCACAGCAAUGUUUAUAAAUAGUAACAAUUAAACCAGUGAUUUAUCCUACGGAAUUUAAAAUAAACAUUUGUUAACAAUUUCAAUUUGAUACAAAAAGAAAACAAUCUAAUUUUUGUUAAUUAUCAAAGUGAUUAAAACAAAUCUCAGUCAAUAUCUGGUUAACAAAAUUACAUAUGUGUCACAAA